UCUCUUUCUCUCUCUCUUUCUUUAUAAACCUCCAUACCACUCCAGAAUCAAACUUGCAUUUCCUUCUCUCUAAACACAGCUGCAACUUUCUUCUCUAUAUUAUAUGCACCAGCCAUGGACGUCGACUUGGACUACCCGGUGCCUACACCCGACUACUACAACGAUCUCGACUUCAGCUUCACCUCCUGUACCACAGAUCGCACCUUCGUCUCUUCCUCCUCCGCUCGCACCAGUCUAGCCCGCAGCAGCCUCACUCUCAGCUUCAACGAUCGCGACUCAACAACACGCCACUCCACCGCAACAACAGAAACCCCAGCCACCGUUCCGACAGCCCUCCACCACCGCAAAUGGGACCCGCAUUGGACGGCGAUAAAAGCGGCCACCAACAUGUCAUCCGACAAAGCCCUCCACCUGCGACACCUCAAGCUCCUCCGCCACCUCGGCACCGGCGACCUCGGACGCGUCUUCCUUUGCCGCCUAAGAGACUACGACCACUCUGACUCCACGUUCGCCCUCAAGGUCGUCGACCACGCGGCCAUCCCGCCGAAGAAACAGGCCCACAUGGAGACGGAGGCUGAGAUCCUUGCCUUGCUCGACCACCCUUUUCUCCCUACACUCUACGCCCGCAUCGACAUAUCUCACUACACGUGUCUCCUCAUCGACUACUGCUCUAACGGCGACCUCCAGACCCUCCUCAUGAAGCAGCCCCACCGUCGCUUCCCCGUCCGUUCAGCCCGGUUCUUCGCCGCCGAGGUACUCGCCUCCCUCGAGUACCUCCACGCGCUCGGGAUCGUCUACCGCGACCUCAAACCCGAGAACGUCCUCCUCCGCGAGGAUGGCCACAUCAUGCUCUCCGACUUCGACCUCUGCUUCAAGUCCGACGUCGUUCCGACCUUCCACCGCCGCCGCGUCAUCAAACCCCGAACGCCGCGAAAAACACGGAGAUCCAACAGCUGUUUCGGGUCGACCACACGAGAAAGAACAGACGAGGAGGAAAUGGUGGCGGAGUUCGUGGCGGAACCAACGACGGCGUUUUCGAACUCGUGCGUUGGGACCCACGAGUAUUUGGCGCCCGAACUCGUCGGCGGUCACGGACACGGUAACGGAGUUGACUGGUGGGCGUUUGGGAUUUUCAUCUUCGAGCUGCUCUACGGGACGACGCCGUUUAAGGGCGGGAGUAAAGAGAGCACGCUUCGGAAUAUAGCGUCCGCUAAUGGCGUUAAGUUCCACGUGGCGGAGGGAGAGGAGGAGGGGAUGAAGGAGGCGAGAAAUUUGAUAGAGGGACUGCUGGUGAGUGAUCCGCGGAGGAGGUUAGGGUGCGCCAAGGGAGCUACUGAGAUUAAACGGCACCCGUUUUUCAGUGGGAUUAAUUGGGCCUUACUGAGGACUUACAGGCCGCCGGAUGUGUAUGGGCUCAGGAAGAAGCCCAGUAAGUCAAAUAUCGUUCCGGCUGGGGUUGCGAUUUCGGCCUAUAAGAGGCGGCGGUGGUGGUGGAUGGGACUUGGUCAGCUUGUGAAGACUAGAAGUAACAAAAAGAGCAGUCACAGUAACAAUAGUAAUUACUAUCAUUAUGUCUGAUAAAAUGGAGAAAAGUUGAGCUACAUCUGUUUGAAUUUUUUGGUUGGAGAAAAGUAGGCGAGUUGCGGUUAGAGGUGAAGAUUGAGUGAAUAUAAAGAAAUGUAGUGCAGCAGGUUCUUGAUCCCAGGGGAGAUGUGAUUUUGUGAACAUCUUUGUGGAUGUUAGGGUAUAUGUGAAUCAAGUUAUACACAGUGAG